AUUAGAUCUAAUAAACUACAGCAAUUUAUCUAUGGACAACAUUCUACAUUUCAGGAGAUUAAAAAUUGUGAUAUUGCCGAGAUGAUGCUUUAAAUUGCGCAACAAGUGCAUUCGUUGUUAUAUUCUGUUUUUUCCCUUCUUUUUUUCAAUUAAGAUAACAGUGCUUGGCUACGUGACAGUUAUGCUAUAACGGGGUUGCUUUGCAUUAGGUUCCAUGGCAUGAGGCUAUCCCUAACUUGAUGGCUUUGCCAAAAAAUAGGUGUUUUUUUCCGAGUGAUGCGGCCCCUCCUAAAUCUGACCAGGCUGGCCACAACAGUGCUAUUGAUCUGGCUGGGCUCUGGUCUGAUUCAUCCUUUUGCAGACUUGGCUUCUGUAACAAGAGAGCAUUCAUUACGAUGCGUUUAUAAUUGUUACUGCCUCGCAGCUGCCUCCGCCGUCCACGGGGACCGGUGCAAAAUCGGUGUUUUUUGCCAAAAUAGUGGCGAAUGGCGGUCCGGGCCCGGAAUACGCAAGCGCAGUAGGUGCUUCGGAUUUUGCAUUCCUGAAAAUAUUCGUCCCAAUUGUCGCCUUGGCUCAUCCGUUUCGGAGCAGGUGGCAAGGAAACAACUAUUGACGUAAUUAAGGAGCCAGUGACCUACACUGACACGAGCCACAAGGCCACUGAGAUCCACGGAACCAAAGGGUCCGACCCCAACUCCGGCCCCCUGACCUCUGCUCUGAGAAGCCACCUCACCACCCUCCACACCUAUAGAUGGUUCUAGAAGAAGCCCUUCCACGGAGCUGCGUUUCUCCCAGACGGCAGGCGAUGCAUUCCGCCUAGACUCUCCCCCUCGUUCCCCGACCAAACCGAGGCAGCCAUGAACCCCGAAGAAGUGGAGCAUGGCCAGGAGCUGAUUGAGCAUGUAGAAGCCGACCUGCCCCCUCCUCAACGCCGUCACCACGACAACCACAUUGCCACCAACAACGGUCGACCCCGGCAGCCUAGCAACCACAGUAGUGAAAACAACAACCACCCUGCUCCCCGCUACAGGAGAUAUAAUGAGGCUCCUGGCGCAGGUGGCAGCAGGGUCAGAGGGGCCCCACAACGCAGGUCAACAGAGGAGCCAGAGGCGGAACUUCACCUGGGGGCCCAGUCCCCUCCCCAACCCCAGCAGCAGCAGCAGGCCCAGGGUCAGUCACAGCCCAUCUUGCGUCCUGCAGUGACACGUUACCGCAGACAGGGGGACAGCGAGGCCAGGCUCAGAGCACAGCAGCAGAGACACAUACAGAGACAGCAGAGAGAGGCUGAGAGAGUACACCAACAACAACAACAACUUCUGCCAGCCCCACAGCCUGUUCACUCUCUACCCCCAGAACGAGAAGAGCCAGAGGAGGAUGAGGAGGAGAGAGGGAGGUAUAGAGAGAGGGAGACAGAGGGGGAUAACUCUGCGUUAGGCCGUUCGGCCAGCACGGAGAGUGCUUUCCACACACACACAGACCGGGCGGAGGGCGACUGCGUCAUGGCCCUAGAUCUUGAGGCAGAGGACGAGGGCGGUACUUAUGAGGUGAUGCUUCGCCCAGAGGCGGAGGGAUACACAGAGAGCGCUGAGUCAGAGCAGCACCAUCCCCACCCUCAGCCCAACCUGAACCUCAACUACCCCCCUCAGCCCCCUCCCUUACCCCGGGAACUCCUACCAGACGUUGGGAGACCCCACAGUCAGGAGGAGGCAGAGGAAAUCCUGGACCCUGGUGGUGGUUACUCUAACUACGUUUACACCCAACCUCUCAACCUCCAUGGGGGAGGGGCCAGGGUGCCGGGGGGACAGGACAGCAGCGUCGAGGAAGGGAUGGAGCCUAAAGACGAGGCAUAUUCUGAAGCCUACCACUACUCCCUGACAGAACAUGUGUAUGAGGAGAUCAGCGACGCCCCCUCUGCUGCUGCUGCUGAGGGGGCAACUCCUACAAAUGCCAAUGAGAACCUCCAGCAGAGAAAGGCGGCGUUCCGUCUGUUUGAGGGGGGUGACGGGGGCGGGGACUACUGGCAGCAGGAGGCAGUGGGGUCGAGGCUGCACCACUACGACGAGCGCUCGGACGGCGAGUCAGACAGCCCUGAGAAGGAGGCGGAGUUUGCUCCGUACCCGCGGGCAGACAGCUGUGACCAGGACGGUGAAGAGGACAUCAACAUGAUCGUAACGGAAGUCAGAGAGAGUCCCAGCUCUCAGAGUCUGGAAAGAGCUGCUGCUGGGUUGGGGGAGGGAGGAGACAAAGAAGACAUGAUGAAAGGAGGAGAGGAAGAGGGAGACUCUUACAACUCCCAAUCUGACGCCCCCACAGACUCCAAACAUCCAAAGGGAGAGAUGGAAAGAGAGGGGGAUGAGAGAGAAGGAGAAGGCGUUCCAGCACCAGCAGACAGUCCCUCUGAGGACUCGUCUGGGGUUCGUAACAGUCGUGAGAAAAGAGACGCCAUCACCCUGGCCAUAAAGGACAUCAAAGAGGCCAUAGAGGAGGUGAAGACCAGGACGGUGAGGUCACCCUACACCCCUGAUGAGCCUAAAGAACCCAUCUGGGUGAUGAGACAGGACCUGAGUCCCACCGCUGAGUGUUGUGACCUGCAACCCUCACUAGGGGGCGACUCUCCAGGUUCAGACUCUCAGGCCUCUCCUCAGGGGGCGGAGUCUUCAAUCCGGACACCCAUGCUUGAAGGGAGUGAAAGCUUCGAGUCUCCACCGCUUUCCACUAAAGAGUCCAGGAGAAGCCUGGCCUCCUUUCCUACCUAUGUAGAAGUCCCAGGUCCAUGUGACCCAGAGGACCUGAUCGAUGGGAUCAUCUUUGCCGCUAACUACCUAGGCUCCACCCAGUUGCUGUCUGACAAGACCCCCUCCAAGAACGUGCGCAUGAUGCAGGCCCAGGAGGCUGUCAGCCGCAUCAAGACGGCCCAGAAAUUAGCCAAAAACAAGAAGAAGGCUCCAGAAGGUGAGGCCCAGCCCAUGACGGAGGUGGACCUCUUCAUCUCCACCCAGAGGAUUAAAGUCCUCAACGCUGACUCACAGGAGACGAUGAUGGACCACCCUCUGAGGACCAUCUCCUACAUCGCUGACAUCGGCAACAUUGUGGUUCUGAUGGCAAGACGCCGUAUGCCCCGCCCAGACUCCAUGGACAGCGUGGAGGCGUCAGACCCCGCUGAGGACGAGAAACAACGGCAGUACAAGAUGAUCUGCCACGUCUUUGAGUCCGAGGAUGCCCAGCUGAUUGCCCAGUCUAUAGGCCAGGCCUUCAGUGUGGCGUACCAGGAGUUCCUGCGGGCUAACGGCAUCAACCCAGAGGACCUGAGUCAGAAGGAGUACAGUGACCUGCUCAACACUCAGGACAUGUACAACGACGACCUCAUACACUUCUCCAAGUCUGAGAACUGCAAAGACAUUUACAUCGAGAAGCAGAAAGGUGAGAUUCUGGGCGUGGUCAUUGUGGAGAGUGGGUGGGGCUCCAUCCUGCCCACAGUCAUCAUCGCCAACAUGAUGCAUGCUGGUCCGUCGGAGAAGUCAGGCCGUCUUAAUAUCGGAGACCAGAUUAUGUCUAUCAACGGGACCAGUCUGGUGGGGCUACCCCUGUCCACCUGCCAGACCAUAAUUAAGGGUCUGAAGAACCAGUCUCGUAUCAAGCUGAACAUUGUCAGGUGUCCUCCUGUUACAACGGUGCUCAUCAGACGACCUGACCUCAGAUACCAGCUGGGCUUCAGCGUACAGAACGGCAUUAUCUGCAGCCUUAUGCGAGGGGGCAUCGCUGAGAGGGGAGGGGUCAGGGUCGGCCACCGCAUCAUCGAGAUCAAUGGCCAGAGCGUGGUGGCCACGCCCCACGAGAAGAUCGUCCACAUCCUGUCCAACGCUGUGGGAGAGAUCCACAUGAAGACGAUGCCAGCUGCCAUGUACCGCCUGCUAACUGCCCAGGAGCAACCUGUUUACAUCUAGUGAUGACCUCCCUCUCCUACCCGACAUCAGACCUCACCCCCCGAUGACCUCACUCCCUGACCCCCAGCAUCACUGCACCCUCUAUGUGUGAGCAACUCCACCCCCUCCCUCAAGCCCCAGAUCACCAUUGGAGACUGAAGCUUCUUAAUGCUCUGGAUGACUAUGACUAUUUUAUCUGAUUGUUUUGCUGUGGAGAGUAGAGUUUGGCUGAAAAAGACAGCUUGUUCAAGCCCCUCCCAUACUGAGGGUUGCUUCCUGAGCUUCACCCUGACCUUCCCUUCUUUCCCAUGUUUCUUUCUCUCCCUCUCUCUGUUUCUCUCUCUCUCUAUCCCUCUCCCUCUCACUUUCUAUCGGUCUACCUCCCUUCUCUAUCCCUCUCCCUUUCUCUCACCGGCUGCACUCGUCUGAUGUAAUGUUGAAUACUUCUGUGUUCUCCCACAACACAAACAAACAGAGAGGGAGUGUGAGACCUGCUGAUAAACAAGUGUUACUACUCUGAACAACAAGCCCCUAUCAUUCCUCGUCAUAACAUUCCAUGCCUUCCGUCUAACGUUAAUGAAUGUCCAAGCAGGGAGGACUUUUCCCGACUGUGGAAGUCCUCCAGGAAAGACAGAGAAAACCAAACGUUCCCAUUUAUUUUAUUUUUUUAAAUGUUGUUUUUAAGGCUGAGAUUUGGUCUGAUAUAAUAAGCAUUCCAAGUUUCAAGUUCCACGUGCAUCUGUUUUAAGUCAGGCCUCGUCAAGGGAAGGCUACACUACAUAGACCAAAUUAUUUAAAACCUUCUAAAGGAAUUCACAUUCCCUUCUGAAACAACAUGCAGCCCAGGGAAACAGUUCUACAAGGCUGGAGGACAGCCUUGUCAGACAGUGUUUAGACAGAAGCCAGCCCUGAAAUGGGAGCUUUUGAAAGUAAACAUGUAAUUCUACCUAUUGCCAGGACAACAAAAUAACACUGGUCUCGUUCUCACAUGUAAUUAGCAUUAAUAGCAAAACGCUCUCCAUCCUCAUCUUUCCCUUCAGCAUCAUCUUGAACUGAAAACUAUGAUUAGGUGAAAACAGAACUCACAACCACUAUUACGGAAGGGAAAAAAACAAACAUCGGUUCGGCUAAUCACAUACUAUUUCCACUCUGGGAAGAGGGGACUCUGCAUCAUCACACCACCAUAUGUCUUAAGGGUUUACAGUCACUCAGAGACCAGAGCUUAAAGUAAAUGCCCAGUGUUUCUAGAUUUCUAUGAAAUAUGACCAAUAAUUACAAUAUGAGUGAAAUGGUUUUCGUUUAAAAAAAAUGGUAAUUGGUAUGUUAAAAAGUAGCUUGUCUGUGUUGGAAUGGUGUGGGCGUACCCCAACAACAGAAUAGUGUGGCCGUAUACCGGUCAUUAAAAAUAUUCACGCAAGUAGACCGCUGAUUGACCAGCUCAGCCUCCUCAGGGUGAUACGUCUAUGAGAAAAUAGCAAGCAUUUUUGAAAAGGUUUGUUUGAGAUACAAGUUUGAGGUGGGGUUUUUGAAGUGUUUUUUUCCCCACAAUUUAUGUUUUGGUCACAUACAAGUCAACAACAUUAUUUGGAUAUGAGUUAACAGCAUAUGAACUUUAAAAGUGAAAUUUUAACUGGGCAGUUACUUUAAGCCAUACGUUACAUUUCACAUAGUUUGUAUCCCAAAUGGCACCCUAUUCCCUAUUGUGCACUACUUUUAAGCAGGGCCCAUAAGGGCCUGGAUCGAAAGUAGUGCACUAUGUAGGGAAUAGGGUGCCAUUCGGGACGCCUCCACAAAGGUUCUGUACUAUAGGCUCUGGUGGUGGAAUACAGUAGAAGCUAAAACUGUUCAGAUCCAUUUUAGGCUGAGGAGAGAUAGCAGAGAUCAACCAGAUGUGUAUAGAAUACCUCAGACUUUGGCACCAAACUGAAGUUCAGGAUUUAAUAAUUUUUUUUGCGAUCAGGACAGUUGGAUUAGAUUGUAUUACAGUACAACCUUAAAAACAACCUGCAAUUAAAUUAUUUUAUAUUUUCAUUACCAAGGAUUUUUCAUCCUCUGUCUUAAUUUAAUAUUUUUUAAAUGUCUUGAAUAUAAUCUGCAAUAUUUUUGCCAGACUAUACUGUAAUUCUGUUUAUAGGUCAUUAUAUUGCAUUGCAUUUGGAUCUCAAUCUUUAUACUUGAAGGAUGCUUAAUCAUAGUACAUGACAUGGGUCAUUAGUUUGUUAUUUAAAAAACAUGAUUUAUUCUUUUAUUUUUAGAUUUUAUUUUGUUAUCUCGCAAAUGUGAUGAAAUGAAAGUACUGAAAUGAGUCAACAUAUCAUCUCUCUGGUGUACAUGAUUCACAAGUCCUCAAAUGUAUCUCUGUUGCAUAAAGUGGAUAGAUGUUCCCCUCCUGUUUAUGUUGGGCCCUGCUGCCUUUCUGACUAGAAGUGAUUAAUGAGACUACAGUGUUUUGAGACUAGGAGCUCGAUUCAAUCCUUAUCGGUGAAUAGCAACUUGAUAUUUAAAGGUCAUUUCUGAUUUCGCCAACAUAUGCAGCAUUUACCGUGAAUUCAGUCUCCGCGAACGCAGGAAUAGUGCCUUUACAUUUCAAUCGCGCUAUAGCCCUAGUAACUUAAGCAAGAUGCGACGACUUACCACUGGUAAUGAACACGUCAACCACAAUGGAAGCAUUAUGUUGUAGUAGUAAAUUAAUGAGCAGAUGCUCUCAGAUGAUGGAUUGACAAUGGGAAGAAAUGACUAAUGUUGAUGUUAUGAUUCCUCCUCUAUAACCACAUAUCCUCCCUUUCAUUGAUCUGUCUGGCCUGCCGUAUAUACAUUUCAAAACCUAUUUUCUUCACAAAAGUAAAUAAGACUCUUCUCACUCUAGCUCUACUCUGGGUCUGUAGCUUACAGAAUCAGAUCUAGUUAUUUUAGAAUGUUUUAAAAUGUCAUUCAGAAAUGUCUAGAACUCUAGACAAUUAAAAAAAAUGAAUUCCAGGAAGCUUCCACCUUGUUUAACGUGAAUGAGCUUUGACCUUCUGCCCAGACAUCCUCUCCCUCAAUUCCUGUCCCCUGUGUCACUUCCCGCUUGAGACACGCCCCCUCUGGAUUCCUGUUUUACAAACCGUAAUGGGACAGUUUCCGGGUUGGGGAGUGGACACACAUUAUGACGUAGGAGGGACACAUUCUGUUGCGACACCUCCCCUACACUGACUUGUGGAGGGGACACAUUAUUAUGACGCUACUACACCUCUUGCGAGUUGCUGCUGGAGCACCCUGCCACCUGAGCUUGUGUGCCAAACGUUGACCCUUCCCCUCUGCCCUACUCUCCCCUCUAAACCAUUGAUUGUUCCAAAUGUCUAUUCUAUCUCAUCCCUAAAUCAAAUGUUGGCCUUAUUUAUUACUGUACUUAUGACAUUGAACUACUAAAUGAUACUGAAAAAGUAGUUCCUGUGCGGUUGACCACAUGAUGUUCUAGCAUGGUUUAUCUAUGGAGUCACCGGUUGGUCGGUAAUAUGCUGUAUCAUUCCUGCUUCUAGUGUGUGUGGUGUGUAAUGACAACUUCUUUACUCCAUGUUCAACCAAAACCAGCUGGACUACAUAAUAUAUACAUAAAUAUAUAUAUAAAGGUAUAUAUACUUAUAAUGGUUAUUUGUGUGUUUGGAUUGACCAUAUAAGCAAGCUUCAAUGGAUAACAAGUAACGUGAAAAGAGAAUUCAAACUGAUGGCAAGGGCCCUUAAUGUGACUCGGAAAGAAGGGGUUUCAUAUGAACUAGAGAUGUAGUUGAUUUGUGUGAAAAUACAUAACUGUACAUAUUUGACGAGCGCACAAGGUCACAAACACAGGGGCAUAUUACUGUAGACCUCCCCCGCAAAAAAAGUUGUACUUUGUAAAGAGAUCGUAGCAAACAUACACUUGAGUAGAUGGUGACUGAAAGGUGGGAUAACUAGUGUUUAUAAUGCACUGUUUUGAAUGUAAUUAAUCUAAAAAAAAAACACUUUCUGUAAAGCAAUGGCAAUGUUUAUUUAUUUGCUAGCUUUUCUGUGAUGUUACAGUUAUUGAACUACAUUACCUUACCAGAACUGGAAUGUUUGUAACAGUAUUUACAACAAUAAACUACUUGCAAAAGGACA